AAAUGGAGACGAGAAAAGUUCGUACACCGUCCGCAAAGCUGCUCGCCGCCAAACAAGAUGAAGUCUUCGAAAAAGUUAUUCCUACAGCUCAACUCACACCGAAAUCUACAAUUUCUGCACAAAUGGCAAAAGUCCCAGAAUCCACGACACCAGAGCCACUUUCAGUCGACCAGGAGCGAGAUAUGACCCCAGGCGAGCACGAGCUCCAAGUUCACCAGAAACACCACCAAAGCCCGAUUUUAGAGGAGGAAAUCGAUGUUUCCAACACUGAAAUCGACGCGUCAGUGCUCGACGAUCACAUGGACACUCAAACAAUGGAAAUUGAAAUGGAAAUGGCUUUGAAACGCGAGAAAAUCGACGCUCAAAUGGUCUUAAACAGUGAUUUUUCGGUUGCAAAUGAGGUUACAAUAUCAUCAAUGAAAUAUCAAGGGCGUCCGACUCCGACUAGAAAGGUACCGUAUCAAAAUGAAGACGAACACCUCGUCACCACAAUGCAGCGUGUCGCCGCAGCCACCUCAUUCACCGGAGAAACUCUCAAUCUCAAAUCUUCGGAUCUCUCAAUUCCCAACAAAGCUGCCCAUUUCCUUUAUUUCCGUUGCUACGAAGAACAUGAAGUUCAGAAAGAAUUCCCGUUGACAAUCGAUGAAACACGUAAAGGGCCUCAGAAUUUCCUUGUUGAACCCCGUCACGGACUAAAAAAUACCGAUUAUUAUAUUGAUAGUUAUUUGUGGAAUCGUGGCAAAUCGACGAGCUCGAAGAAGAAAAUUUUUGUGGAAAUAGAGGGAAAUCAUGUGAAAACGUCGAGAAGAACUGCCGAAACUGCACAUUAUGUGUUGAAUUGGUAUUAUUCGAAUAUGGAGAAUAGAAUUUGCAAAAAGGUGUGUUGGUUGGAGAGUCUUGUGGAUAAUAGUCGAGCAUCACCUGUAUUGGUACAGUAUCACGUGAAUUACCUAUCGGAUAACCCAAUUGAGCUCCGAAAGACGCCCAAACUGUACAGUGACACACGUUCAGUGGCUCAGGAAUUGCUGAGAAGUGAUUCACCACUGCAAACUGUACAGAGAUUUGUGGAAACGGGAGAAACCGAUCCACGGGAGAUUAUCAAUAAGAAACAGGCCUAUGAAAUGCGUCGAUAUGUGAUGGCGAAUGCCCGUAAACGUAUGCAUCGAAGAAUGGACGACAAUGGUGUCUAUUAUGACGAUGAAAUGUUUGAAGAAGUCUAUUAUAAUGAGCCCGACUCGUUGCUCAAUCCACCACGUCACAACGGCGGAGAUGCGGCUAGAGUCGCUCAAAUGGUUUGCCGCCAAAUGGGUCGCCGCAUCGAAAAUCGCAUAGCCUCAAUGCUCGACAGUCGCCUAGGACCACCGAAAAAUCACGCGGAAAUGCUAACCGAAUGGAUGAAUACCCUAAUGGGAUCAACUUCCGAAGACUAUGAUAUUGUCAUUCAUAACGUUGUGAAUUCGAUGAAAAAGCAGCUCGACGAGAUGCUCGGCGAGCCGCCCCAACACCACACUGAAUAUAUGGAUGAAGCCGGUGGUCCAUCAUCGACUAGUUCGAUGAAACGUAUGAAAAUGAUGAAUUCGCAUGGAGCAGCAGAGGAUGAUGAGGAUGAUGAUGAUGGGGGGCAUCAUCAUGUUGUUGGAAAUUCUGGAAAACCCAGAUUUGAAGGUGAACGCUACAUUUUCGACGGCGAAGAGUACGUGGAGGAGGAGGUGAUCGCUGAGGAGCUCACUGAAGUGCCGGCGAGCUCGGCGAACGGAGAGCAAUCGGACGAUGUGAAAUACAAUGAGAGAGGAGCCCAGGCAGCCGCCUUUUUCUUCCGUCAAGCUACUGAAGGAGUUGCUCAUGUGGAGACUGUUGAUCAAUAAAUUUUCUCGUUUUUUCACUGAUUUUUGCGAUGAUUUUUCGGGAAAAAAAACGUCAUUUUUUGGCUUAACAUCGUCAUUCCCC